AUGUCCAUGUUUAGACCAGCCGCGGAUAUAUCUUCCGACUCCGCAUCAAGCUCUGAUGAGAGCGAUCAUGAAGUGGCCACGGCCACAACUGGACCACGCCCGGACGAACCGUCAGAAGAUACAAUUGAGGGCAGUGACAUGAAAGACCUGCUUGACGCAGAUACUGAGAGUCACUCCAACCUUAUGACUUCCGCCUUACUUGAAUUCUACUGCUUUACUAAAGCCGCCGAUCUCUUGAACCGACAGCAUGGAUCGCGCAACAGGUACACUCGGGAAUCGCCCGAGGCGCAAUACCUUGGAAAGAAGAUGUUUCUUUACAAGUCUAAAUUCCUUUCGAGCCACGGAGUUCUAGCCGAGGGAGUUGACACAGACCAGUUCGGGCCAACGCGGCAAUACUAUCGUGACAACCUUGACGCCCUAGCUCUAUCUGCAUUGGAAGGACUUGAUUUACAGGAGAAAAAACAGGCCAUAGUUGAAGGAGGUGGUGACCUCGUGCUAGCCUCGAAGACCAGAGGUGCGCAUGUGCACGCGGCGGCCACCCUACGACUGGAGGGACCAAUUAGCCCGUUGGAUCUUCGACCACGGCCUGGAGCGGACAAUAUAUCCCCGUUGGAGGAAUUCCGACUUGACCUGCGACGAAUACCGCGCCCUUUGCCACUUCUGGGAAGUUCUCCCACCAGCUUUCCGCUAUUUGACCUCAACACCAGAUAUUCUCACAGUGCAAACUCUCGAUACGAGGUAGAGUUCUCUGAAGUUCGUGUCGUUGGACGAGGAUCAUUCGGAGAGGUAUAUCAUGUCCGGAAUCACAUUGACGGACAAGACUAUGCAGUUAAGAAGAUUCCUCUUAGCCAGAAGCGGCUCCAGCAGCUACAGUGUGGAAACGAGAAUCAGCUCGAAAAUAUCAUGAAGGAAAUUCGCACGCUUGCUCGGUUGGAACACGCGAAUGUCGUACGGUACUAUUCAGCUUGGAUUGAGCAAGCUCACCACCCUCACACUCAGAUUCCCCCCAAGAACCCAGAAAAGCUGGCAUAUGAGGAGGAAACUCAGAAUAGCGAAUCCUACCAACCUUCGAGUGAUGGAAGUUUCGGAAUUGUUUUUGAAGACUCACGUGACGGACAGCAACCAUCUACCGAGCAGGAGUCAGUUGAUUCUCGCGCCAGCACCACUGCAUCUCAUACAUCUCAAAAGCCGCUGUCAUGCAGUCUGGAAGACGACGUUGAAUCGAUCCCCCGUAAAUUCAGCGAGCCUACAUAUAGCCAACUAUCGACAUUUGGCGCGUCGGACGGAGAUAUUUUCACUGAUGGCUUCAGCCAUGACCAAUACAAAUUACAAAUCCAGCGAAGAAAUCAAACCAGAGACGCACUUCCUGCUGUCGUUCUACAUAUCCAAAUGUCACUCCAUCCAAUCCCGCUCAGUUCGUAUCUGAGCCAACGCCAUGUCGACGACUCCAACACACCACUGCGCAUACACUGUUACCACCUGGUCCCGUCACUAAAUCUAUUUCUUCGAAUAAUCGCCGGAGUUGAAUACCUUCAUUCUAAAGGAAUCAUACACCGUGAUCUCAAACCGGCCAACAUAUUCCUCUCAUGCGCCGAAGAAAGAGACUUCAAGGGUUGCUUACCUUGUAUAUCGAAAAUGGGCGUUUGCUCAAGCUUCUCUCACCCGCGCAUCGGCGAUUUUGGACUCGUUGCUGACAUAUCCCAUUUGAAUGACCGCUCGCCGGAAACUGAAGGUCCUGGGAAUAGCAAUCCGAAACUUAACCGUGUCGUCGGAACGGAAUUCUACUGCCCGCCUUUCUUCCAACCCGGUUCUACCCUGCUAAACGAGGAUUAUUUUGACUAUGUUGUUGAUGAAUCACUUGAUGUAUACGCCCUCGGCGUUAUCCUAUUCGAACUUGUGUACGGCAUUACCACUAAGAUGGAGCGACAAAUGGUUCUAACGGGAUUGACGAAGGGGGUACAAAGGCCGACGCCUAGCGGAACAAUUCGCGAACGGCCAGUUUUCCCUUCGGACUUCGAUAAGAAGGUUGACCAGGGCGAGAUGGUUCUACUAAACAGGGACGGGGAGACUGUUGCGGGAUCACUCAGGAUGUGUAUCACGGGGAUGUUGGAGCUGCAGCCUACGAGGCGAUGGAGGCUCUCGGACGUACAUCGACACGUGCAUGAGCUGCUGACUGCGCUCACAGCUACUGCCAUUGCCUGA